AUUUGGACAGCACUUUCCAUCUCGCUCGAAGUGCCGCUUAUGCGUCGACCGACAUUUUCUGCCAUAGAAGCAGGAGAUCAGAGGAUCGAGACGCAUUUGCCCCGCCGCCAGUACGACGACUCAAAAAUAGUGUCCGAGCGCCGCUUUCAGUCUCGCUCCUUACAGCCGGUGAGGCUGAAGACCGUGGAUUACCACACUCGUUCGUGACACCCAUGUCUGCGAUGCCUGGUCUAAACCCAGAACAAGCAUGGCGCAAAGGCCAGCAUCUCUCUGAUUGCUUAUCGAAGUCACCAUCACUUGCCUAGCUGGCCAGGAUAGCAGGGCUGUGUGACGCCAGCUCGCUGAGGUUCAUGCAUCUCUCCAACAGAGAUAAAGUGCGUUGUCGCACUCGAUGACAAUGAAACUCGACCCAUCCUGUCUUCUUCCAGCGCAUGCGGACGCUGUCCUCUCUACUGGCCUUCCUGUCGUUUUAGACUUGUUUCCACUGCCCAUGGGUUUCCUCGGUCUACCAGUGGCGCUAUGGCUUCUAUUCAACGCCGACAACCCACCCAUAAGGCUGUCAUUCUCGACUUGAUAAAGUGGGUCGACGACAACUCUGUGAAUGGCAUCGACGCCGUCGGCGAUCCCGCCCCCUUUAUGCCGACGAAGGAUUUGAGGGAACAUCUCAGAGACAAAAAUCGACUUCGAGAUAUUCUCAAGGCCUUGUUUGAGCCUGAAGAAGCACCCACGAACGUUUCACCAACCGCGAUCCUCACUAGUUGUACUUCCGUCUUUGCGAUACUUAUAAGAAUACAGAAAGGAGCAUAUAUUAGUGAAUUCCUUCGGCAUAGAGUAUUAUUCGACCACCAACUCCCGUUCCUCACUAAACCGCCCGCAUUUCCGUCCAUUCCAAACGACGAUUUCUACGAUCGCUUCUGCAAAGAGCAAUGGCGGUUUUGUGCCCACACCUUUACAGAUGGUUACGACGAUCUGCACAUCCCCGACUCAUACAUUCUGCCGAUUCUCACAACUGAAGCCCUCGAUGAAGAUGGGACGGCGGACGUGCAAAAAGUUACACUACAUCCGGAAUAUGAUAGAAUUCAGCCGCCAACGAAAGACACUGAAGAGAAAGGAAUAACUCGGAAACCUACACAUACCUAUGUUUUGAAAUUAUAUCGGUCGAAGCGCUAUGCCAGUGAAGAACUUUACAAGGCUGAGUCAGAGGCAUUCAUACAUCUUCGAAACUCUCAUGCACUGGGAAAGCAUUUCAUAGGCUACUAUGGUAGCUUUACACAUGGAAACACUAGGAACAUCUUGCUGGAGUACGCCAACUAUGGUUCACUUGAGACUUUCUUCAGUUCUGUUGAUGCUCCAACUACUGGCGAGGAUAUUAUCAGAUUCUGGCAGUCCAUGUUUGGAAUCAUUGAUGCUGUUUGCAAAAUUCACACCAUCCCAUCGCCGGAGUCGCAGAAUGCAGCGCCGUUGUUCAAUGGUUGGCAUCAAGAUAUCAAGCCAGAGAAUAUACUGGUGUCAAGUGGCUCAGGCGAUGGAGAAUUCGAAUUCAAGCUUGCAGACUUGGGUUUGGCACACUUUCACAAAGUCAAAGUCAGGGCGAAGAGCCAUUACAACGGAGCCAUUUCAGGCAGAGACGUCGGAGGAACGCGCGAAUAUGGUGCACCCGAGUGCUAUCGUGGAGACGAAUCUCAGAACCUGACAACUCGCAGUAUUGGUCAAGCUGUCGACAUCUGGUCACUAGGCUGUGUCUACAGCGAGUUUGCGCACUGGAUAGCUCAAGGCAAGGUGGGCCUUCAGAAGUACAGGGACCGCCGUGUAGAAGUGACGAAAGCUAUUCCCGAUCAUCUUGAUCCGGGCUGUUUUCAUGACAAAGAGAGAGUGCUGACAAUAGUAAAGGAUUCACACGACGAACUUUUCAAGCACAGGCGAGUCGAUGACUUCAUGGUGAGACCAGUCAUCAAGAAAAUGGUUGAAGAGAUGCUUGACGAUGCAGACGGCCGGCCCACGGCAGUGCAAUUAGGUUACAAGGCCAAAAAGAUCAUACAACAGGCGGAGAAGGACUUGCACGAUCACGAACCUCACAGGAUCAUAUCGCGGAGCUCAACAACCCAGUCUUGGGAGUUGAACCAAGAAAGAGGUAUUCCUCAACGUUCAUCUCAAGCAAGGCCACCAAAGGCGCACUCGAGUCAUAUCGCGGACAGCUACUUGGACAAAGCAGAUCCCUUAUCAACGGUGACAACGAUUGAGGAGAGUCCUCCGAUUUCGAAGGAGGGCAGUGCUGCUACGCAGCCGCAUAGAGUUUCUGUACACAGCAAGGUGACUUCCACGUCCACACGCGACAACCCUUCAUCAAGUGAGGGUGAUCAACACCCGCCGGUCAUGGGGAAUGAUCACCAUGAGAACUCUUUUUCGUCAAAUGUAUCACCACCACCACUUUCCUCGCCCGGUCGCUCGAAUAGCAAAGAUGUGAUACCACACAUGACAAUCAGCCAAGCGUUAUUCUGGAUCAGUUGUCAAAAGUACGAUAUGGGAGACAUGGUGCCUCGAGAGCACAGAAAAUACAUGAACGAACUUGCCGACAGAGAUCACGUAUUUCUCAUCGACGAUGCAGCCACGAUGAAACAACAUUGGUCUCAGGUCUUGAUGUUGACAUUCAUAUUUGCUUCUUUCUUGAAGCGAUAUGAUGAUGACGGUAUGGAUGUAUACUUUGCGUCUUCCAGGGAAGGCGUGAACUCCAAAAAUGUGAAACCCUUGAUGACAAGGGUAUUUGGCCACCUUCAAAGAGACACAUCCGACAUUGGACAAAGCCUCGAAAGGUUGGUGACUACAUAUAUCGACAAGAUUGAUGGGAAACAACGCAGGAGCCGGUUUCGUGGCACCAAGGAACCCAAGCCAUUCUGCAUCUAUGUGCUUACCGACGGGAUCUGGGAAGAGACCUCCAACGCGAGAUCACCGAUUAAAAGACUUGUUGAUACACUAAAGCUCCAUCGUAAGGAUCCUACCCAAGUCGGUAUUCAGUUCAUCUUCUUCGGAAGCGAUCAGCAAGCUCGAGAAAAGCUCGAGUGGCUCGAUGACAAUCUGGGUUUAGAUAUGGACAUUGUCGAUAUGGAACCGGCAGAUGGAAACGUCUUGAAGAUGCUGACUGGCGCGAUAUUGAAGAAAGUCGACCGAGUAAAGACGAACGGUCUCAACCAAUGAUUAAUGUCUCAGGGCGAAAAGUUAUAUAGCGGCAUCUCUCGUGUCUGUGUCUUUGUCCGUCUGUGUCUCGUCUUUUGUCCGGCCAUGUGGCAAGGCGCGUCUUCUCUCCCUCCGCGUCACACUUUUUUGGAUAAAACUUUUCCUUUCGGAUCUUUCCGGCUCCUCCUUCUCCCUCCCCUUCGCCCUUUGCCAACCUUGGGGGAUUUUGGGUAAAAGACGGGGGAUUACGAUUCAUCCUUGAUCUCCUGCCUGUCAUGCUUGUCGGCACGGACGUGGUUGUUAAAGGUCCGAGUCUGAGCUGGACCCACGUGAUCUUGAUGACCUUGAUGACCUGACUGAUGGGGUGGCGAAACCGACCCCUUCAUCAUCCAAACCUACUACGGGUGCUGGUGUCACUUCCAACAGUCGAAGCAAGACGGGAACCCCGUCGACGGCACCUUGUCCUGCAAAAGUGUCGGCGAGACGCAAGGCUCCCGCCCGACGAAGAAGGGUGACGCCCAGGUAUAGUUCGGGGGUGAACGUCGAGGUCUGAUCGGGUGGGUCACCCUCAUGCUCAUUCAUCCCCAUCACCAUCAUUG